AUGAGGCAGACAUUCACGAAGGGUUUCACCCGGGUUUCUCCCAAGAAGGAACUGCGCAUUCUAAUGGUUGGUCUUUAUGCUGCUGGUAAAACCACCAUCCUGAACAAGCUUAAGCAUGGAGAGAUCUUAACUACCUCUCCUACCAUCGGUUUUGACGUCGAGACUUUUGAGCACGAUGACAUCAACUUCACUAUUUGGGAUUUCGGUGGUGAAGACAAGAUCCGUCCACUGUGGAGGCACUACUUCCAAAACACCCAGGGGAUCAUAUUUGUGGUUGACGGCAAUGACAGGGAUCGUGUUGUGGAGGCAAGGGAUGAACUGCACAAGAUGUUGAAAGAUGAUGAGCUGGGAGAUGUUCCAUUACUCGUAUUUGCCAACAAACAAGAUCUGCCCCAUGUAAUGACUGUUGCUGAAAUAACAGAAAAGCUUGGCCUGUACUCGCUGAGGAGGCAUCGCUGGUACAUCCAGAGCACCAGUGCCACAUCAGGAAAUGGGCUUUACGAGGGUCUAGACUGGCUCUCUAAAACCAUUCCUUAA